AUGGAGGAGAGCGGCGCGGCCGCGGCGGCCGCAGCGGCGGAGGAGAUCCAGCGUCUGCUGGCCGUGGUGAACUGGGAGAUGCUCGACAAGUCGCGGUUCUUCGUCUUGGGCGCCGCGCUCUUCUCGGGUGUGUCCGCGGUGCUGUACCCGGCCAUGGUGGUGAAGACGCACCUGCAGGUGGCGCCGCCGCCGCAGGCGGCCAUGGCGACGGCCGCCUCCAUCCUCCGGCGGGAUGGCCUCCAUGGGUUCUACCGCGGGUUCGGCGCAUCGCUGGCCGGCACGGUGCCCGCGCGUGCGCUCUACAUGGCGGCGCUCGAGGCCACCAAGAGCUCCGUGGGCUCGGCCAUCAUCCGGCUGGGUGUGUCCGAGCCCGCCGUGUCGGUUGCCGCCUCUGCUGCGGGGUGCGUGUCCGCGGCCGUCGCGGCGCAGGCUCGGUUCUUUGGUGUCAAAACUCGCAGUUAG